ACAAGCACGUGCAUCCUACGUGCCUCCAACACGCCAGGAAUCAACUACCCCCAACGGUCAUAUUUCUCCGACAACCCUCCAACGGUCAUGUGAAACCCUCAAUUUCCGACCGUCAGAUCCUCAUCAAACGGCCACGAAUAGAAAAUUCCCAAAGAUUUCUCGGAACACCCUCGUCAUUUUUUCAGUGCUGGGAAAAUCCACAAAGCUUAACUUGUAUAAAAACACUAAGUCCUGCAUGGUGUCUGGCUUUUUGGGUAGUGAUAGGAAGUGUUUUCGUUUUUCAUUGUUGAUCAAUUGUUUCAUGCAUGUUAAUUUGAAGGGUUUGAAUUCUGGGUUUUGGUUUAGAUUCAGAAUCAGCUAUGGUGGACUUGUCAGAUUCCUCAAUUGUUGAUCUGGGUCUCUCAAUUUCUCAGAAUUUCAGCUACCAAGUGUGUGUCUGGAGUUUCAUGCAUGGUGUGGAUUUCAAUCACUUCACUUGUCACAGCUUUUUCCAAUGAUUUUUCCCUGAUUGUUUUGGAAUCCGAUGAUCAUUUUCUGGUAAGUUUAAUCUAAUUUUUUACUCAAUUCUUUGAUUCUUUAUUGGUGGGAAUUUGUUGAUUUCAUUGUAAAAACUAUACCUCCAUAUAGGAAAACUCAAAUUCGUGAAAAUAUUUUAGUGAUUUUCUUUGCUUUAUUUCGGCAUCGGAUUCCUAUUCUUUGUUGGUUUUUGAUUUGUUAAACUUCAGAAAUUCACAUAGUUUGUCUCUUGAUUUCCAUAUAUUGACAAGUUUACAUGCAAAUUUUCAUCUCAUUUCAAAUAGUUUAUACAAAUUAAACACAGAUUGCAUUUGCAUAGUAUGAAAAUUAUAGAAGCAAAGAGAGAGAGAAAGAAACAUAGAGAGAAAAAAGGGUGAGUGAACUUUUGAAUUGAAAAGAUCGAGAAAGAGAAUUGAAAAUUGUAGAGAAUGUUGGCUGGGUGUUCUUCUACAUUGUUGUCACCCAGGCAUAGAUUAAGGAGUGAAGCAUCUGCACAGUUUCAAGCUUGUCAUUUCCCUUCAAUGAGCACACAGAGAUUGGACUUGCCAUGUAGUUAUGCCGCAAAAGACACCUCGAGGUCUCAACCCAUUAGGCCGGUGAGCCUUUCGGUUGAGAAGCCAAUUGAAGCCAAGACUAGUAGCUGUUCUCUUAAGCAGAACAUUCGACUCCCGCCUUUGGCUACCACUGCUGAUCAGGCCCCCUUUACCGAAGGUAGGAGAGAGAGUAGAAAUGAAUUGUGGGACAAAGGUAAGAGCUUGAAGAGGCUAGCUGAGGCUGAGCACGGUUCAUAUGAUGAAGAGCCCUGCAUGAACAGAGCCAAGAGGAAAAGGGGUAGUGGAAAAUCUGAUGAUUAUCCAGAAGGUGGCGAUAAUGUGAAUUUUCGCCAAUUGGGUAGUGGGAAUUUUUGGUUUCAUCCGAGUUUUGAGGUGCCUCACUCUAUAUCAUGUUCAGGAGAGGAAGAGAGAGUUUGUUUUGUGCCUAGUGACGUGUUUUCUCGGCCUUUGCCUUUGUCAAACAAUGCUUGGGUGGAAUCUGUCGUAACUCAGAUUACGGACUUGGGUGAAAAGAAUGUUGAGACGAGCCACAGGCCUGUGAAGGAAGCAUCUGGAUCGAGUACUUCGUCGGAAAGCCAUAGCUUAGCUCUUAAUCUAAAUGAGGACACCUCAGAGCAUGAAACAGGUAAUGUGUCUAGGCCACCCAACCCAAAUGAAGUUGCUGAGGUGGUGGAAGGUGACAAUGGUAACCAUGGAGAGCAUGAUGACUUUGAGCUCAUUAGCUUGCUCAUGGCCUGUGUUGAAGCCAUCUGCUCCAAGAACAUUGCAGGUAUUAACCAUUUUAUUGCUAAAUUGGGUGAUCUUGCUUCUCCAAGAGGAUCCACUAUAAGCCGACUUGCUGCUUAUUUCACCGAAGCUUUAGCUCUGAGAGUUUCAAGGCUUUGGCCUCACAUUUUUCAUUUCACUACCCCUCGGGAGCCUGAUCGGGUCGAUGAGGAUAGUGGUUCUGCAUUGAGGCUUUUGAACCAGGUGAGCCCAAUUCCAAAGUUCACUCAUUUCACAUCAAAUGAGAUCCUGUUGAGGGCUUUUGAAGGAAAGGACAGGGUUCACAUUAUUGAUUUCGACAUCAAGCAAGGGCUUCAAUGGCCUAGUUUGUUUCAGAGUUUGGCUUCUAGGUCUAAUCCUCCUAGCCAUGUUAGAAUCACCGGUAUAGGCGAAUGCAAACAAGAGCUUAUCGAAACAGGAGAUAGACUAGCUGGAUUUGCGGAGGCAUUGGGCUUGCCUUUCGAUUUCCAUCCAGUUGUUGACAGGUUGGAAGAUGUGAGGCUGUGGAUGCUUCAUGUUAAGGAGAGAGAGUGCGUGGCUGUGAAUUGUAUGUUCCAACUGCACAAGAUGCUAUAUGAUGAUACUAAAGGAGUGCUUAGGGACUUUUUAGGUCUAAUUCAAAGCACAAACCCCACAGUUGUUAUUAUGGCAGAGCAAGAAGCCGAUCACAGUGACCUCAGUUUGGAGAUGAGACUUUCCAAUUCACUGAAAUAUUAUGCUGCCAUUUUCGAUUCUAUUGACUCUGGCCUUCCAUUAGACAGCCCAGCAAGGAUCAAAAUAGAGGAGAUGUUUGCCUGUGAAAUUAGGAACAUUAUUGCCUGCGAGGGAAGAGACAGGCUUGAAAGGCACGAGAGUUUUGGGAAGUGGAGGAAGCUGAUCGAGCAAGGAGGAUUCAAAUGCAUGGGAAUUAGUGAGAGAGAACUGCUUCAGAGCCAAAUGCUGUUGAAGAUGUACUCCUGUGAAAAGUAUAGCGUCGAAAAGCAAGGACAAGAUGGAGCUGGACUCACGCUAAGUUGGCUAGAUCAGCCUCUUUUCACCAUCUCAGCAUGGGCACCUGUCUGUGUUGCAGGCAGCUCCUCAUCUUACUCUCGAAGUUGAUUGCAAGGCUUUUUUCUUCUCCUUCUUAUUCAUACAUACAUACUGCCAUUUUCAUUCCAUACUCAGCAUAUAGAAAAAGGAUACCGAAUUCUUUGUAGGUAGAGAAAUCUGUCACUAUUCUUUCAUUCUUUUGUUGCAGAUAAGAUUUGCUGUCCAGUAGUGCAAGAACCAGUUCCUUGAAUACAUUAGAUUGGAAUAGGUUUCAGUCUUCUCAGGCCAGGUUUCUAGAUUUCAGUUUAAUUCUUUUGGAGUCAAUUUGUUCUUAUUCUUUGAUUCUUUAUGUAUUUUGAACUUUUAGUUCCAUUAUUUCAGUCAUGUUUCUCUUGUUGAAAGAUUAUUGUAAUUUUGAAAAAUGUAGUUGAAAGUUGGAUAUGAA